UCCUCUUGUUUCUGAUCUUUUGUCUGUGGUCAACCAUUUUAUGCAACGGCGUAGCUUCAACGAUUGUUUGACUUCACAGAGACGCAACAACCAUAAAACAAUCGAGGACUGAAGUCUAUAACUACACAGUUAGACUCAUCAAAGUGUCAAAACAUUAGUUCAAACAUGAAGGACAUUGAGGGCAGGCACGACCGUGUAUCAACAACAAAGACUGUGUCGUCUAGAUCUCUACCUACAAGAAGUUCUGCUGGGCAGGAAAACUUCGGAAAUGUGACGAGUAGAAACAAUUUCAUUCGAGGUGAAAUCGUGUCGCAAUCUGGGAUGACGCCUUUGGACUCACUAUACAAAUCAGCCUACCCUCGUUACCCAACUUUCCCGUCAAUAUACGAAACAAAAUAUGCACGCGACUUUCAAUAUAUCCAUUGGCCUGCUGAAAUAUGCAAAAGAGAGUAUACACCACCAGCGGACUAUAGUAAAUUCAAGUUCGCCAAAUCCAGAUAUUCAGAGGAAUUUCUGCCCAGGGAACCGAUGAAAAACAAAAUGAUAACACCAGUAUCGAAAAAUCGAAUGAACAAGCCUCAUCCAAGGAUGAGAGUAGUGCAGAACUAUCCAGAUGCUCAACGCUGGAUUUGGUCAGCCCCUGAAAAUUCUGCUUCGAAGCAGAUCGAAAGAACAUCAACAACCGCAGAGCGGGUACGAAAAUGGCAGCGUAAUCUAGAACCGCAGGGGCACAGAUGGAACUCAAGAUGAUGUUUGCGUUCACCUGCGCAAAUGAUAUACCCGAGUUAUACAUGAAAGCACCUUAACUGCUUAAAUCUGAAGCUUUGGUUGACAUUGAACUGACUUUAUUACAUAUAGAUCAAUCGUAGCAAGGGGGAGGGGGUUAUCCUGAGAACCAGAGCCACAAAACUUCAAGCGCAGAAAUCUGCUCGUAUCUUCUAUUUCCGCGUUAAAAUUUUUGUGGCUCUGGCUCCUAGGGUAGGGGCAGGGGAGGGGAAGGUUAAGGGCUUGACGAUUGGGAAUUAGACGAAACUAUAUUAUAGAUAGAUUAUUAUAUAUGCUUUAAAAAUAUAUUGAUAUGUAUUUUUUCAUAUAUAUUGAUAUGUUUUUAGGCAAGCAAACUCUACAUGCCUUGCUUUUAAAUGUCUUUUGGGUUUAAUAGCAAGUUGAAGCGAGAAUUCGCCAUUCCUGAAUAGAGAUUCUAGCUUUUUUUGCAUGAUGCUUAAAUUGUAUCUGUACUAAAAGUGUGAAGGAGAAGCCUUAUCCAGGCUCAAAAAUGUCGUGAAAUGAAGUUGGUAGUAACUUCCAAAAUAAGGCCGUAGGUUAUUUUGGAGUUUUGUAUAUAAAACAAGAUGCAGACAUUUUUCCACAAUUAUGAUAUUUCUUGGACACUAGAAAGAAACUAAAUUAAGGAUGAAUGUUGCUGUUUUGCAAUUCUGCUAAAUCUCUUAGGAAAGCCUUUUUGAUAAAUUGGAUAAAUUUAAAAGGGUCCUGGCUUAGAAAAAACGAUAUAACAUUCCUUUUCACGAAAGUUGGAGAGUGUAAUUCUUAUUUUCUUCUUUCUUUUUCCCGUUUGAAUAAUCCCAAGAAGGGCCAUGACGAUUUGCACAGUGGGGGGUUCUUGACAAAUUUCAAUGCUAGCAUUCAUAAUCAUCAUCAUCCUUACUUAGCCUGAGCAAAGCAUUGCGAAAGACAAUUAAGCUUCAGCAAUUCUUUGUCUCAUUACAAUAUGCGUUAUCAUGCGUGAUUUCGAGUUUGCUCCCUUUUGUUUACGUUACCUUGUUCACGUUACUUUUGAGUUGAGAUGAAAUUUUGUCGAAUAAAGCCUCAAAUGUGCUUGGUUUUCCUCAGCUUAAUUCUCUCUCGUUACACUAAGCAAGAGUUAUCUGCUAUAAGAAUAAUUAAUGCCAAGAUGAACCGUUUAAGGAAUCGCACUGUGGAUAUUAUUUGUUAUUUCAUUUCAUUUCAUAUUGAUAAUUCAAACUUUUAAUUACAAUAUAAUGAUAAUACGAUUUAAUAUUAAUUAGAUAAGCUUAGGACACUUAUAAAUGAAACAAAUUAUGUUAAUAGUAACAUAACAACAUCAGGUAAGAAAAUAAGAUUAGAUAAAAUAAGAAUAUUAAACUAAGCAAAAUGGAACUAAAGUAACAGAAUUAGGUUUGGGAAAUCGGGAUACUUGCUAGUUCAUUAUUAUAAAAUCUAAUCAAAAACGAGAAUACCAAAAUACAGGUGUUUAUCAAUAAGGACUUGGGAAGGAUUUUUUAAAUUAAGACUAUAUACAAAUAUUAAUAUCAGCCGAUUGAGCACUGUUGCUUAGAAGCCAUGCUUUAUAGUUCUUCGAAAACGUACGUUUAUUAUGAGAUUGCCUUAUAUCAAAAGGUAUACUGUUCCAGAUUUUAACUCCAUUGUUUAAAAUACUUUGAUGCUUGAUAUUAGUUCUUAUCGCAGGCUGUACAAAUAAGUCAGAAGUUGCUUGUCUAGUUAAAAUAUUAUGUCUAUUUUUUGUUAGCUGGAAGAGAUUACAGAAGAUUUUAUCUAGUUUAUUAUUAAUAAUAUCAUGCAUAAAUUUGGCACAUUCUAUUUUAUAGUAGUCAUUAAGACAUAGAAGUUUUAAUUCGUUAAACAGAGGUUGACUGUGAGCUUUGCUGAAAUGUAAUCAACCUUACAGCAUGCUUCAUGCUCUUUCUUAUAGGAUCUAAAGCAGUCUUGUAGGUCCCUCCCCAAUUAAUAAACGUGUGGCUGUAUAAAUGCAUUAUAUAUGUUAACAGGUAAAUUUUUAGGUGCAUGGUGCCUUAUGCAAGCUAAUAUACCAAUGUUUUUAGAUAUUUUUAAAUUAGUCUGCUGAAUAUGAGCCUUCCAGGCUAAUUUAUCAUCAAUCAAAACACCUAGAUAUUAGACAGUCUGUGCUUCAGUUACUUUUUCAUUGCUUAUAAAAAUAUCCAUUUUUCGAUUUAGCAUCUUGUUUUUUGGAGGAAUAGUUAAGAAAUUAGAUUUUUUGUAUUCAGAAAUAGCUUAUUGGCAAUCAGCCAAUCAGAGAUUUUAACUAACUCGUUAUUAGCACAGGUUCAAGAGUUUCUAAUUUUUCACGUGACAUAAAAAGGCUUGUAUCAUCAGCAAAAAGGUGUAAAACGAAACCUUGUGUUGCUUUAGGUAUAUCAUUAAUAUAAAGAAGGAAGAGAAGGGGGCCUAAAACACUACCUUGAGGUACACCGUAAGUGAAAUUUGUACCAUCUGAAAGUUCACCCCCCAACGAAGACUCUCUGAGUUUUGUCUUUGAGAUAAGAGCUGAAACCAGUCCAGGGCAAUAUCUCUGAAACCAUAAUAGUCUAAUUUUUUAAGAAGAAUUUCAUGAUCAACGGUAUCAAAAGCUUUUGCGAAAUCAAGGAAAAUACAACAUGAAUAUUCUUUGCUUUCAACCGCAUCAACAGGUUUUGCAUAAACAUUUAAGAUUGCACAAGGGUUGUAGAUUUGUUUCUCUGAAAACCGAAUUGAUGAUUAAAAACAAUUUUGAGUGACUCUAAGAAGUUACUAACUCGCACAUACAUAAGUUUUUCAACUACUUUGUUAAAAAUUGGAAGAAGUGAUAUUGGGUGACUAAAAUCACUUGUCUGCGGGGAAGAACAGCACAAGAUUUUUGUCGCCAGCGACUAAAAGCAGAAAAUGGCAAGUGCGCGGGCGGAAAAACAAAUUCUGGUUGAUUUCCCGGUCAUAAAUUGCUUUCUAGACACAUGGAAACAUUUGUUUAUUGUUGUUAAAUUGGCCAAGAGGGAGGUCGCGGCAAUUUUUUCGACCAAUCUAAACCCAAACCCACAUGGUCUUAUUUCUUCUUCUUCGUUUUCUUCUUCAUUUUCUUCUUCAUUUUCUUCUUCAUUUUCUUCUUCGAAUUAUGAUAAAGUCUGCCAGUGCCUUCAUCUGUUUCUUUUCACAAUUUGCUAUGCCGUUAUUACCGGAGAACACAAUAGAUUACAAUAGAUUACAAGUAUAUC